AUGCCGCCGCCCGCGCCGGACCGGGACGCGUACCGCGACUGGGCGAACCUGCCGGAGCUGCCGCUGGCGGAGGUGCUGCGGGGCCUCCUUCCCUGCCUCCGGUCGAUCUACGCCUUCGCGGCGACGUGCCAGCCCUGGCGGCUCCUGCUCCGCGCGAUCGCCGGCAGCCUCGUCCGGCCCCGCGUCCCGCCACUCCAGCUCCUCUACCCGGCGCUGCGCCUCGCGCCCAUCUCCCCGCUCGUCGCGCCCCGGCCCAUCCCCUACCGCCUCCCCGUCCCGGCGGAGGGCUCCACCUUCCUCUCCGCCUCCCGCGGCCACCUCAUCCUCCUCCGCCGGGGCUCCUCCAACACCCUACACCUCCUCGACGCCCUCGCCGGCGCCGACCACGGAGCGAUCCAGCUCCCUUCCCCGCACUUCCCCUACCACUACGCCGCGCUCUCGCCCUCCCACCUCCUCCUCUUCCACUCCAAGCACGCCUUCUUCUCGCGCCCCUCCCCCAUGCAUCCAACCCCCAAUAACCCCUCUCCGGACUGGACCAAGCACACCCUCCCCCGCGCCGCCUCCUUCGUCACCACCGUCCUCGAAUUCCGCGGCCGCGUCCUCGGUCUGACCGACCGCGCGCAGGUACUGGAGUUCCACCUCGGCAGCACCACUCCGUCCAGUGCCAGCACCCCUCCGAACCAGACCGCCCGAAUGCUGCCAAUUGCCGGCCUCCCGGAGCCCACCGCGUUCGACAGAUCCAACUACGGGCCGCAUUUGGUUGCUGCCGGAGACCGGCUGCUGCUGGUGCUCUUCAUGCUUCAGCCAAAAUUGGGCUACCUGGAGCCUGUGCAUAGGGUGAACAAGAUCGGCGUGUACGUGCUUGAUUCCGCGCAGAUGAUGUGGGAGGAGGUGGACAACAUUGGGCCUUACACCUUGUUUGUCGACUGUGCCGGGAGGAGCGCCGCGGCGUGCGUGGACGUGGGGAGCUGCGGAGUGGAGGAGAACCGGGUUUAUGUCGCGGCGCCCAACUGCCGUGCCUGGAGGAAGGCAAACCCGCCAGGGUGGGAGCUAUCACUCAAUGGUGAAGGUGGUGGACUGUUUUCGAGGGGGCCGAUGGCGCGCCCACCAUUGCCAUCGCCGAUAUCGGUUUAUCCGCCUCUUUUCUUUUGAUCUUGUGUGUAUUCUGUAGUGAAACUAGUCACUACAGCUGUCUACAUUCAGUUGUUUGCUGUGAUGUGAUAUCAACU